UCCUUUUUCUUUCCCUUCACUUCUUCUUCUUCUUCUCCUCUCCGUUUCUGCUCGUCUCGUUUAAUUUCCUUCAAUUUCUGCAACUCAACUCAAUCGAGUUUUAUCCUCAUGGCGACGGCUAUGGUUGAAGAUUCCAACUUCGAGGACGAUCAGCUUGCUUCUAUGACCACCGACGACAUUGUUAGGGCUUCGCGUCUGCUCGACAAUGAGAUCCGAAUUCUCAAGGAAGAAGUGCAAAGAACAAAUCUGGACUUGGAAUCACUCAAGGAGAAGAUAAAGGAGAAUCAGGAGAAGAUUAAACUCAAUAAGCAGCUGCCUUACUUGGUCGGGAACAUUGUCGAGAUUUUGGAAAUGAACCCAGAAGAUGAAGCAGAGGAAGAUGGUGCAAAUAUUGAUCUUGAUUCGCAAAGGAAAGGAAAAUGUGUUGUCCUGAAGACCUCCACUCGUCAGACUAUCUUUUUACCUGUUGUCGGGCUUGUAGAUCCUGAUAAGCUAAAGCCAGGUGACUUGGUUGGUGUAAACAAGGAUAGUUACCUGAUUUUGGAUACUCUGCCGUCUGAGUAUGAUUCUCGAGUGAAGGCUAUGGAGGUUGAUGAGAAGCCAACAGAAGACUACAAUGACAUUGGAGGGUUGGAAAAGCAGAUACAAGAACUCGUGGAGGCCAUUGUCUUACCCAUGACUCAUAAAGAGCGAUUUCAGAAACUUGGAAUUCGUCCACCUAAAGGUGUGCUUUUGUAUGGGCCUCCUGGAACUGGUAAAACUUUGAUGGCACGUGCGUGUGCAGCACAAACGAAUGCUACCUUUUUGAAGUUAGCUGGCCCACAACUUGUUCAGAUGUUCAUUGGGGAUGGAGCAAAACUUGUUCGAGAUGCUUUUCAGCUUGCAAAAGAAAAAUCCCCAUGCAUCAUUUUUAUUGAUGAAAUUGAUGCUAUUGGAACAAAGAGAUUUGACAGUGAAGUAAGCGGAGACAGGGAGGUGCAGCGAACCAUGUUAGAGCUACUCAAUCAACUCGACGGGUUUAGCAGCGAUGAACGCAUCAAGGUUAUAGCAGCAACAAAUCGUGCUGAUAUUCUUGAUCCCGCGCUCAUGCGUUCUGGUCGAUUAGAUCGAAAGAUUGAAUUCCCUCAUCCUACUGAAGAAGCAAGGGCUCGAAUCAUGCAGAUCCACUCGAGGAAGAUGAACGUCCACCCAGACGUUAACUUCGAAGAACUAGCUCGAUCCACUGAUGAUUUCAAUGGUGCACAACUAAAAGCAGUUUGUGUUGAGGCAGGCAUGCUGGCUCUCCGCCGUGAUGCUACUGAGGUGAACCAUGAGGACUUCAAUGAAGGUAUCAUCCAGGUUCAAGCCAAGAAGAAAGCAAGCUUGAAUUAUUAUGCGUAGAGCUAUCGACAAAGCCCGACCAUCACGGAGAUGGCAAAUCAAGAGUUUAAGCAGGAAGGUCGUCGACAAAAACCCGACAGUAGAAGCUCAACUUUCGCACUCGUUCGUGUUCUUCGCCCUGAGGUAUGUACUGGCCAGGGAGAUCAUGAUGAUGAUGCUUCUCUAAAGAUUGUUAUUUCUUCCAUUGGAAAUUCCUGGGUUUUAUAUUAUUAUUAGUUUUCUAUAUGUUGUGAAAACUUAGAGCUUCAUAACUCUUGCACCAAAUGAUAGAAUGAUGUUAAUUGUUCUUUGUGUUGUAAGAAAAGCUUCUAAAGCUUACACGA